UGCGCCAGUCUUGUUCCGGCAUGCCCUGGACGGAGGCUGCCUGUUUGGUCGCGGCAUUGACGCUGAACACUUCGGCGAUCUCGUUUGCUCUUCUACGCGUUAGUUCGAUGACGAGUGUGUCUAUGUCUCUGCACGGCGAGCUCUUCGUGUACUCGCCCAAGAAACGCUUGGCCGCCUUUCGGAGCGGCUGCCAUGGCGGCGGCAGCAGCAGCAGCGACAGACAAUCACGACAACAACGACACAACCGGAAGCAUGCCGUUUUUGUGCCGGGCCUAACGGACGGCCUCCUCGCCCUCGACUACGUCCCUGAGCUCGCUGCCGCCCUCGACCGUCUCGGCUUCGCCUUCGUGCAGCCGGUCCUAUCCUCGUCCUACCAAGGUUACGGCACAAGCAGCCUCCGCCAGGACGUUGAGGAACUGGACGAGCUCUUAGACUACCUUUCAUCGACGCCAUCUCCGCCCGUACCAGAAGUCGCCAGCAGUGACGCCGGCAGCAGCAGCAGCAGCAGCUUCCUUUUAAUCGGCCACUCCACCGGCUGCCAGGACGCGGUGUUCUACAUGAAGCACGGGAGGCCGGACCUCCGUGCGGCCGUGGUCGGCGUCGUGUUGCAGGCGCCGGUUAGCGACCGCGAGUACCUCGAGACCCUGCCCUCCACGGAGGGGUUCAUUGAGGAGGCCAGGGUCAGGGGGGGAGGCGGGGAACUGAUGCCCGUGGCGGCGGACCAGGCCCCGAUAACGGCGGCUAGAUUUCUGUCCCUCGCAACCAAGGUAAAUGCUAUUGCAACCAAGGUAAUGCGGUUAUUACGCGAGCCGUAUUUGUUGCGGCGUGAGGUAGCGGCCGGGGGCGUGGCGCUGUCCUUUGGCAAGUCCUAG